AUGACUAAUUCCCUGGUUGGAGUGCUCAUCAGAUUUCGUCUAGAAAGGGUGGCCUUGAUGGGUGACAUAGAAUCUAUGUUUUACCAAGUUCAGGUACCAAAAGUUCAACAUAAAUACCUUAGAUUCUUAUGGUGGCCUGGUGGUGAACUUGAAAGCAAACUUACAGAAUAUCGAAUGGGUGUUCACAUCUUUGGGGCAGUAUCAUCACCCAGCAUCGCCAAUUACGCUUUGAGGGCAGCAGCUGACCAUGCAAGGGAUAAGUAUGGUCCAGAUGUAGAACACACCAUUAAAACCAAUUUUUGUGUGGAUGACUUGAAGUCUGUACCUUCAGAAGAGCAGGCAUUAAGACUUGUGAAAGACGUUAUGGCAGCAUUGAAGGAAAGAGGUUUUUGGCUGACAAAGUUUGUGAGUAACAGCAAGCUGGUGUUGAAAUCAAUCCCGCAAGAGGACCGUUCAAAAGAUCUUCAAAUAUGUGGACUAUGA